UCGGGGUGCCGGCGGCCGGGGCCCAUGGCGCGAGACUGGGCGGGCUUCUCCGAGGAGGAGCUGAGGAGACUGAAGCAGAAUAAAGAUCCAUUUGAACCACAGCGCCGUCUCCCUGGGAAGAAAACUCGACAACAAUUUCAGCGAGAAAAAGCCCUUCUAGAGCUAAGCCAGAGACUCGGACUUCAAGAUGGAUCAGCCUCGUUACCUCCAGAGCAGCUGCUUUCUGCACCAAAACAGAGACUUAACACUCAAGAACCACAUUCUUCUUCCCCUACUCUUCCUAGUCCUCUUACACUCUCCUCUCCUGUUGGUGAUGGAAAACCACAGGGUAUUAAAAGUCAAUCAAGGGAACCAGGACUUGAGAAUUCCCAUGAUGGUCACAAAAAUAUUGAGGUCCUACCUCCAAAGCCUGAUUGCAAAUUGGAGAAAAAGAAAGUGGAAUUGCAAGAAAAAUCUCGUUGGGAAAUCCUUCAACAAGAACAACGACUAAUGGAAGAAAAAAAUAAACGUAAGAAAGCUCUUUUGGCUAAAGCAAUUGCAGAAAGAUCUAAAAGAACUCAGGCAGAGACCAUGAAAUUAAAGCGGAUCCAGAAGGAGUUACAGGCUUUGGAUGACAUGGUGUCUGCUGACAUUGGAAUCCUCAGGAACCGGAUUGAUCAGGCCAGCCUGGACUAUUCAUAUGCACAGAAGCGAUUUGACAGGGCUGAAGCUGAGUAUAUUACAGCAAAGCUAGAUCUGCAGCGAAAGACUGAGAUAAAAGAGCAACUCACCGAGCACCUUUGUACAAUCAUACAGCAAAAUGAGCUCCGGAAGGCCAAAAAGUUGGAGGAGCUGAUGCAGCAGCUAGAUGUGCAAGCUGAUGAGGAGACCUUGGAACUUGAGGUGGAGGUGGAAAGACUGCUCCGGGAACAGGAAGCAGAAGCAGGGAAACGAGUGGCUUCUGGAGAAAGACCAUGUCAGUCUGCUGAGGAGAGUGCGACAUUACAGUUUGUAAAAGAGGACAGAAAACCACAAGAACAGUCUGCUUCCCUAGAGGUAGGCGAACAGUGUGGAAGUUCCAGCAGGAUCCCCUGUGUGAGUCCAGACUGCCCCAACCAAGGAGUUAAUGACAUGUCAGCUGCUAUGGCCAGUGGAAGUGCCAGUGUUCUUUUCAGCUAAUAUCAUGUUCAGUGAAGUGUACUCUCUGUUGCAGAUUACAGCCUGUCUCUAGAAAGAGCCUCUUUAAAACUUAGUUUUUGAAUAUGUGAUUAGUUUUAAGUAGGUUAACAUGUUUGGCUAUUCUAGAGUUCCAAAUGAUGAUAAUUUUAUAUCAGGGGGCAUUUUUUUUUAAAUAUUUUUCACUUGUCAAUGAACCUUUCUUUUAUUUAUUUAUAUGUGGUGCU